CAGAGUACAAAAUUAAACAUAUGGUAUAGAAGGUAAUAGAAAAUGACGUAACCUAGCUUUUUGAUAGUUUAAACUUGAACCAAAUAAAAAAAUGAUGGGUAAUUUUCUUGUUUAAACUAUUUUUACAACUGAGAAUUUGUGUUAGUGUGAUGAGAGGAAGAAGAAAGGAACCCACUUGUUGUGAAGAGAGAAGCAGCAAAAUUUGAUCUUCGGUUGUGGUAACAUUUUCUCCUAACACUUCCUUCUCUUGCAAUUAAAGACUCGUAACUUUAUAUGUAAAACUUUUUUUACCAUGCUUAUUUUAGGGCAUAUUUACCUUUGUAGAGGUGACAUUGGAGUGACUUUUAUCUCUUUGAUAAUCUUAUAUAAAGUUCUACAAAUUUGAUAAAGAGAUGAAAAGUUAAAUCUGGUGUCUAUGUUGUUAAAACAGACUUGAAAAAAAAAAAUAUAGAUAGAGAUGUUGUCAUAUCAUGUUCAGACGUGUCAUUGAUUUACAUAUAGAUUUAUAGAUGUUAUUUUGAAAUGAGACUAGUGUCAUUGAAAAUAUUAUAUCAACGUUUACAAAUGAUUCAUGACCCAAUUCUAACAUUUGUUGAACCAAACUUAGCCCUUAAGUAACCAAAAAUUCAAAAUAAAAUGUUGAGCAAUAUUCAAAUUUGAGCUAUUUUUUGAGUUGAAUCUAUCAUUUUAGGAUGAGAAUAAUUCCAUCCAAGUGCUUACAACUUCUAGGAAGACAUGAUGUGCAAAUAAUAUUCAAAUUUGAGCUAUUUUUUGAGUUGAAUCUAUUGUUAGAAGUUGAGUAUUUAAUUGUGAAUUAUACUUUAAUAUUUGGAAGAGUUUUCUGAUUUAUUGAUAUCCCACAUCGGAUAAAUCACUCAUUUCCAUUUUGUUAUUCUCUUAUAUAAAUGGUCGACUAUCAAAUAUCAAGACAUCAAAAAAUAAAGUUGGACACUUGUUUUAAAUUGCUCUCUGGCAUUCAAAUUGGCGUAGGACGUGGGAUCGAUAUGCAGCAUUGGUCAAAUCAAAAUUGCACUAGAGACCAUAUCAGUCAGCUGAUCUAGAAUUUCAAACAUCUGAUCUUCAUCAACCGAGAUCUUAACGAUGUUCGAUACCAAGCCACUUGUGUCUGCAAUGGCCUCAAUUGUGCUAAUGCGAACCAUCACAAAUGAGCUUAUUCCUCAUGAGCUCCUACACAUUUUUCAAGCUGGACUUCACCAUCUUUUUCGCCAAUCCUCCGCACAAUUCACCAUAAUCAUUGAAGAAUUUCAAGGGAUGGCAAGAAACCAAGUUUUUGAGGCUGCACAAGCCUAUCUAGGGACUAAAGCAACUGUCGCAGCAGAAAGAGUUAAGGUAGGCAAAUCUGAGGAUCAUAAAGAGAUUGCAUUCAAUAUUGAUAGAAAUGAAGAAGUGAGUGAUGUUUUUGGAGGUGUUAGUGUAAAGUGGAAACUAAUUUGCAUACAAGUGGACUCUUCGCGGAUUCGAAGUUAUGAUAAUGACUCAGCCGAGUCAGAAUUAAGAUCAUAUGAGCUAAGUUUUCACAAUAAACACAAAAACAAGAUCAUUGAUUCAUAUUUUCCUUAUGUGAUGGAGAUAGCUAAACAAAUUAAACAAGGAAACACGGCAAUCAAGAUUCACUCAAUUGAAUAUGAUGACUAUGAUGGAACCAUUCGUUGGAAUCAGGAACCUGUUAAGUUCAACCAUCCAAUGAGUUUCAACACUCUUGCGAUUGAUGAAGAUCUUCAAAGGGAAAUUAUGAACGAUUUGGACAAAUUUGUGAGGGCUGGAGAGUUUUCUAGAAGAACAGGGAAAGCUUGGAAACGCGGUUACUUGUUGUUUGGUCCACCUUGUACUGGAAAGUCUAGCUUGAUUGCUGCCAUGGCUAACUAUCUCAAGUAUGAUAUCUAUGACUUGGAUCUCACUGAUGUACAAGAUAAUAAGCGCUUGAAGCAACUUAUUCUUGACAUUCCCAAGCGUUCUAUACUAGUGAUAGAGGAUAUUGAUUGCACUAUAAAUUUGCAGAACCGAGAAGAAGAUAAAGACGUGGUUGAUAAUGGAUACAAUAAGGUGACACUUUCAGGACUAUUGAAUGCAGUAGAUGGUCUUUGGUCGUGCUGUGGAGAAGAACACAUAAUUGUAUUCACAACAAAUCACAAAGACAGGCUUGAUCCUGCUCUGUUAAGGCCUGGUAGAAUGGACAAACAAAUUCACUUGUCAUAUUGCAACUUUUCUGCUUUUAAGCAAUUGGUUGUCAACUACCUCUGCGUUACUCAACAUGAACUCUUUGAUAAGAUUGAAGUGCUUCUAGGAGAAGUUCAAGUUACUCCAGCUGAAAUUGCAGAAGAGCUAACCAAGGAUUGUGAUGCUACAGAAUGCCUACAAGACCUUAUAAUAUUCCUCCAAGCAAAGAAAAUGAUCAAGGAAGAGGUAAAAAAUGAAGAAAACAUUAAAGAAGAAGGUGAACUAGGUAGAGAAAAUAUAUAGGUCAUGUUUGGUUCUGUACUGUAAAACAUUAAGCUAAGCUCAUAAGUAGACAUUCUCAUCCUUUGAUCAACAUGUACUGAGACUUUAGAUUCUCUUCAGUCGGGUCACAAUUUUCAUUUCAAGCUGACAAAGGCAAAUUUCAAGUGUAAAAUAUCAUAAUUGUUUUAUUAUCCAUCCAGUAGGACUGAAUUUUAUCUUAGAUUAUCUUCAGGAAUGUUACAUGCCACAAUGCAGGACAAUUCAAUUGUAUGUCUUUGUAACUA